GGCGCCGCCUAGGCAGGAGCUGGAGAAGAGGCGUAGCGGGAAUUGUUGCGCCUGGCCGUGGCUGCCACCCCCUCCACGAAGGAUCCGCAGCGUUCCCGUCUGCCUUACGCGAUUGUCGUUUGUUACGUCCUCCCUCGUCUCUCUUAUUGCGGCUGUAGGCCGGCGGUGAAGCCCCCGGAGUUGGGGCAGAGUUUUCUCUAACUUUGGGGUCCGAGCCGAAUGGAGGCUGUCCAGGCUGCCGCCCUUGGAGGGAUCAAGGACAAAUCAAAAGAUGGCAUCCCAAAAGACAGUAAGUUUCUCCGAGGAGAAGAAGAAAUAGAAGAAACUGAAACGGAUAUUCAGCCAGGCUCUAUUCGUGGCUAUGAAGGUGAUGAAGAGACUGAAGAUUAUGAGGAAGAAAGUUGUGAACAGCAAGAAGGUGACCUGAACAAUAACAGGCUAGAACUUUCAAUUGGUGUGCAAGAGUGGCCAGAUGGUUCCAGCUAUAGAGGAGAAUUUGCAUUAGAUCUAAAACUUGGAUAUGGAGAAUUUUUGUGGGACAGUGGUGAGAGAUAUGUGGGGCAGUUCUAUAAAGACCAUCGUCAUGGCAAAGGAGCUUACUUUUGGCCCGAAGGCUCUAAAUUUACAGGAUCGUUUUAUCUUAGCCGUAAAGAAGGCUAUGGUACCAUGGAAUUUGAGGAUGGAAGAAUAUAUCAGGGCCUUUACAAGGGUGAUGAACGAUUUGGACCAGGAAUUGAAAAUCAUCCAGAUGGCAGUCAAGAUGUUGGCUUGUGGCAUCGAAAUAAUAUAAUUAAACUGUGUACUGAAAUACCUGGGUAUUUUACUCUUUCGGAUUUCUCAGAGCUCAGUAUUUAUUUUGAUGCGGAAUCUAGUAGAGAGUAUAUUUCAGAGGAAAGCACUACCAAGUGGGAUCUGAAUGAGGAGAAAGACCCAUUUUUCUACGACUACAAACGCCUUAUCUUAAAUGAUGACAGCUACACGUUGCCUGAAAAAAUGUACAUAUACUCAAUUGAUGCAGAUCAUCUUCCUCUUACUCGCUCCUUCUUGAAAGAGUUUGAUUUCCAGUAUUUUAAGAAAAAGAAACGAGUGUAUUAUGAAAAACAAUGGCCCAUUAUUAAUAUAACCCCUUUCAUGGUCAAAAUGCAAAGACACAUCUAUAAAUAUAGGCAUUGUCAGAUGGAUGUGAACUGGGAUGUUAAUUUGAUUCUGGAAGGCUACCGCAAUGGUUUUGGAAAUAAAGGUCCCAGAGAGCUUAUUGCUGAGGAGCUGAUUAAGAAGUCAGCGGAAGGAGACUAUAACCGAGUUUAUGAAAUUCUGAGGGACAACCUGGCCCACCCAGACGUAGCCGAUGUCCAUGGAUAUACUGCCCUUGCUGCUGCUGUGAUGAAUUAUCAGGAUGACAUAAUCAACCUUCUUCUCGAUAAUGGAGCUGAUGUGAAUAAAUGCAGUGAUGAAGGAUUAUCAGCUCUUUCUAUGUGUGCUGUUCAUUAUUUCCCCGCAGAAUCAUUUCAGCCCAACAUUGCUGAAAGAAACUUCUUUAGAAGAGAGGCAGCAGAAAUGCCCGAAGAAAUAUCUGGAGUAUCUAUACCACUUAUGCUGUCGGAGGCAUCUGACAACGUAGAACCUUCUUCAGACAAUGUAGAAAACAAAAUGUGUUCAAGUACUCCUCGUGCAUCACCUGCAGUAUUGUCGGACUCUGCUGAAAAGACAGAAUCUGGCAUGGAUACUGAGGCUAAGUCACAAGAGGACAUGGACAAUACUGGAGAAAAGAAGACUGAAAGCAGCUGUGAGACAAACUGUGGUAUUUACAACUAUAAGAUUAGUGUUUCGACACAAGCCAAGCGGUGUGGUGCAGCUGCUCUCAGCUACCACAUGUUGAAAAUACCCUACUCCUUGGAAGGUGAGAUAGUUCAGCAUGAUGGCACAGUGAGAAGAAUGGCAGUAUCAAUAAUAGAGCACCAAAAGAGACUGGUUACAAUCAAGCUGCUCCUUAGAAGAGGUGCAGAUCCCAAUAUGUGCUAUAUCCCUAUGUACAUCCUCUUCUUUGCUGUUAAGUCUGCAGAUGUGAAAGCAGUUCAACUACUUUUAGAAGCUGGAGCAAGAACUGACAUACGGCUUCCAAGCAGAUUUCAAGGCAUAGCUCCUCUUCAUAUUGCCGCUGCCCUUCCUAGCCAAGAAGGGAUUGAAAUAACAGAAUUACUACUUCAUUCAGCUGCAGAUGCUGAUGUAAAGGCAGAAGAUGAGGAUGAUAUAUAUAAGCUAGACAAAGUUGACAUGAAGAAUGAGCUUACUGAAGCAGUAUCUAUAAUUAAACUUUUUAAUGAACCCGGACCACCCAAAGGCUACUACACAGAAUGUACUAUUAUCCCAGAGGAAGGUGGGAGGACACCUCUUCAUAUUGCCUGUGAGAGGGAAGAUAACCACAAGGAUGCAAGCACUGUUGUCCGUCUUCUUUUAGAGCACAGUGCAAAUCCAAAUGUCCUAUGGAGUGGCCAUUCUCCUCUCUCACUCGCCAUAGCUAGUGGGAAUGAUCUGGCUGUGGCUGAACUUCUGGCAGGUGGAGCUGAACCAAACCUUCAAUUAAGCCAAGCUAUUGGAAGUGCCCUGUGCUCUGUUGUUAGUCCUGCUUAUGAGCAGAACCGGACCUUAGCAAAUAAGAUGGCUUUGUUUAAUACUUUAAUAGCAGGAGGUGCGGACAUGUUGAUGCCAAUUACUCUUGGGGAUGAGACGAGAGUUGCCAUUGGAACAGUAGUGGACUACGCAUAUUUCAAAUACUAUCAGGAUAAGAAAAUAUUACGUACCCCAUACCAUGCUCUAUCACCACCAGAGCGGGAUAUUUUCAAUAAUCGUAAAAAGUUGUUGGAAUUCCUUGGUGAACGACUUCGUGAAUGUGUCAUUGCGAAAGAAAAAAAAUGGGACAAAGAAGAACUUCGAAAAUGCAAGCUUUUAGCAAAAAAGAAACCUGCAGCACCAGACACGCUAGCAUCAAGCCCCAUCAGACAGCAAUUCUUUAAAUAUUGCUAUCAGUGUGGGCGAUCAGUUGGUGUGAACCUUUCGCCUUGCCCGCGCUGUUAUGAGAUCUUCGUCUGCAGCAAAUCUUGUAAAGUGAAGUGUUGGUCUGAGCGUCAUAAGCGAGAGUGUUUACAAGCAGAUGCUGGAUCUUCAAGUGAGUCUGAGGAGGAAGUAGAUAUUCAGUCUGUGCUGGAUGCACGUCUGCGUAGAGCUAAGGGAAAAGGCAAAGCGUCUUCAAGGAAGCCCAAGGAGGGAAAAGAAAGCAAAGAUGGACAAGGCAGAUUUAAAAAAGACCAAGAGAAAAAGGCAAAGGCAUUGAUAUUGAAAUACAAGUCUGAACGAAAACUUGGGGAGAGCAGCAGUCAUGCAGAUCUCCCUUACACUGGGAACUAUAGUUUCAUUUAAAUGCCACUAUUGCUUAACUGUAAUUUGAUGUGGGAAAUGUAUAUAAGAAAAAGAUGAACAGAGGAUACUAGAUGUAUCUAUUGAAGAAAGUGUUCAUUCUUGUAUCAUUAGUACUGAAAGUAACUUACUGUAGUUAAAGUGAAGUCAGGUAAUUUCUUCCAUGAACGUACUGGUGAAAUGUCCUGAGUCUUUCCAAAAUGAAAUCCUCUAUACACAUGUGAAAUUAAACCUUUCAGCACUUAAAAAAAUGUGAAAUAUAUGAACAGUUCAAAAACUUUAGCCUGAGGUUACGUAGUAGACCUUAGGGUGGUGCAGUACAAAACCAGCAUUCUUCAGCCACUGUCAUGUCCUUCCAAUUCCACAGUUUGGGGCAUAAUAUAGACAAAUGUACAGGGUUUUCUAUGAUAGGAUAGCCUGUUCCUGGCUGUCAGUUGUGCUACUCAGUCUCCACAGUUAUACCCAGCAACUAAGGAUUCUCAGUGGAAAGAACCAAGUAUCCUUUCCACUGUAUAUGUGUCCUUCCAUAAGGGUUAGUCCAAAUGGAUCAAGGCCUUCCAGUGUGUUUAUGGAGAGCUUGUUAGGUUGUUAUAAACAGGCAGUGGAAGUGGAAGAAUCUUUUCCUUUCUUAGUGGAAACAUAAGCAGAGCAGACCCAAUAAUACAGUUUCCCAGUCCUUAAUCUUGCAAACAUUUCUUGAUUUCUGAAUCCAAGCCCUGUACCUGAAAGUUACAGGGUUGGAAUCUAUGGGAUCAAUCUCUGGCCCAAAUUUUCUCUUUUUAGUUAAGUGCAAUCCUGUGCAUGCUUAAUCUGAAGGUUACCACCAAGUUCAGAGGUUGUACUCCCUAAUAUGUAUGAAUAGAAUUAAAGUCUUAGUAGGAAUGCUUAGAAUUGAUCUUAAUGGAAGCUGGGUUGAAAAACAUUCAGUGAUGUUAUUGGCUGAAGCCAUUAUUUUUUUGGUUGUGAUCACAGCUUAUGAGGUACCUUCACAACUAUGCAUUAGUGAACUGUGCAAUCACAGAUCCUAUUGCAGUCAGUGGAAACCUUUGGGCCUCAGCAGGCCUUUGUGGCAUGUGCUUGCAAUUGAAUUGGAAGAGAGGCUGCAACAGAGCUUCUGGGUUCCAAUUCAGUAUAGAGCUGGUAUGCUUAAAGGCUUAAGGCUAUUGAUUUCAUUGAUAGCAGUCUCUAUGUUAUACUAUUAGAGUGAAGAAUCUGUAUCUUUUUGUGUCUAUGAUGUAACAUCUAAAAUGUUACAGAAUAAAAAUGUUUUUGAAAUAGUA